CCAAGAUGGACGGCGUCGACGGAAUCGUGAAGGGCGUGGUGUACGUGCUCGGGUUUGCAGCGACGGGAUGGAGCUUAAUGAAGUUUGUGCUCUCUGUGCCAUUGCGAGUGAGCGACGCAUCCGACGAGGAAAAGGACAUGGAGCUUGUCCUCAAGAUGCGAUCAGACUGCCCGGAACUACAGAUCUUUCUGCGCGAGAUCAAGGAGCAAACGGACUUGACGUUGCGCGUCAAAUCGAAUUCGUCCUUGCUCCAGGAAGCCCACGACGCUAAGAAUGGCAAGGCACCGGUUUACCUUCUCGUGGGGGCCUUGUCUCCUGCUUUGUACCAAAAGCUCGCCGAAGAUUGCGGACUGCGCAAACGCACGACCAAGGGGAAGUGGGUGCAUGUGGACGAGAGUAAUCAUAAGGACUUUUUGGACGACAAGCUGCCGCUAGACGACGCCGUCGUUGCCGAAGGCGGGCCGAUUCCAUUUUCGUCCGGCGAAAAGAUCGAUCUCAUUUUGUACCAGCUUCGUCAAGUGCGCGUGUUGCUUCUUCCGACUGAGUCAUCCAAUGUGCUCACGAACGGCGACCUUUUGUUCCAGAAGCUCCAGGAGAAGCAUGUCAUUCAGUCGUCGUUUGCGCUGCAUAACGCCGAGGAGCGCAAGGUGUUGAUGGAAACGUGGGUAAAGGCUUUGAACCCGUUUGGUCCGGCGCCAAUCCACCGCAUCCGCGACUACUGCGGGCUCGAAGUCGGGUUCUACUUUGCCUUUUUGGAGCACUACACCCAGUGGCUAGUGUACCCUGGUCUCGUCGGCGCAGCAGUCUACCUGUAUCAACUUCAGUACGGUCUACACAACUUUGCGACGGCAUUCUACGCGCUGUUUGUGGCGACAUGGGCGGCGGCGUUCCUCGAAGCGUGGAAACGUCGCGAGAGCGAACUCGCCUGGAAUUGGGGCGCAGCGCUGGACGCCGACGAAAGCGGAGCGGUCGUGGAGCGCGUCGGGUUUGACGGCCCCGAAGUUUACGACGAUAUCGACGACGUCCACUACAAAAACUUCACUGACCUCGAACGGUUCAAGCGGUAUGCGGUGACGGGUCCGGCGCUGGGGGGCACAAUUGGGCUCAUUGUCGUACUCAUGCUGUUGUACUUUCGAUUUGAGGCUGGUGUCCGCGCGUAUGUGGCCAAUCCGGCCAACGGCUUCACGGGACUCUGGGCCCACGUGGCGAUGGUGCCGUCGGUGCUGUACUCGGCCGCCGUUUUCUUUAUCGAUGCCAAGUACGUCCAGCUCGCCCACCGCCUAAACGACUACGAGAACCACCGGACGGACGACGAUCACACGAAUGCACUCAUCGUGAAGCUCGCUCUGUUUCAGUUCGUCAACAACUUUGGGCUGCUCUUUUACAUCACGUUCUUUGUCGGAAACUUUGAGCUCCUCCAAAGCACGCUCGGGUCGCUGCUCAUUACGCGUCUGCUUAUUGAAAACGUCGUGGAAACGCUGAUUCCAUUCGUCAUGGCGAAGUCGGCCGUGAAAGCCAAAGCCGGGCUCGCGGACCAACACGCCAAGCUCACGCGGGAGCCGUCCGUCACGACGGUCGCGAUUGUGGACAAGGUGGACGUUGAAGCAUUGCUGCCAGUGUAUGAAGGCACAUUCUUCGACUACUUGGAGCUGUUUAUACAAUUCGGGCAAAUCACGUUGUUUGCGUCAGCGUAUCCGUUGGCGAGUCUCUGCAGUCUGCUCAACAACUUGAUUGAGAUCAAGAGCGACGGCUUCAAGAUUCUGAUGACGCACCGGCGCUGCCACCGCGACCAUAAACACGGCAUCGGGACGUGGCUGCAUGCAUUUACGAUCCUGAGCUACAUCGCCGUCGCGACCAACUGCACGAUCGUCGGGUUCAACUCGGGUGUGCUUCAAACCUUGUAUCCCAACAUCACGCCGUUCUACACAUUGGUGGCAGUCGUAAUCGUGGAGCACGUGAUUGUGUCGAUGAUGGUCGGCAUCGCCGCGGUCGUGCCGGACGUGCCGCAGCAUGUGGCUGAGGGCAUGCGACGAGAGCGCGCAGCGGUUCGGAAGAAGGCGAAAAUGGAGGCCGAGUUUCACCAGCGGUCGCUCCGCACGAACGAAAGCACGUCCCAGAAAGCGUUUUUCGACGAGUCGGUUGUGGACGAAGCGGAGAUGGGCCACGUCGAGACGAACGAAGCUGCCGGAACGACAACGAUUUCGACAGUCAAAUGGCGCAAGUGGGUUCUUGAAGAGAAGAUUCGACGACGUGUGCUGGAAAAAGAAAUCAAAAACAUGAACGCGGUCUACACGGCAUGGAUCGACUCGGAGAAGGACAAGGCGCGGCGGCUCCAAGCCGAACUGGAUGCGUUGUCGACCAAAAAAACAGACUAAACGUGUGAUGGACUAAUUACUGUUGCAA